GGAGAUUCUAUAGCAUGUGAUAUUACAGUGGGAGAUGGUUGCACCACUGUUUUGACCACUCAAGCUUCUACUAAGGUGUACAAAGCCGUGGGAUCGAAGAGCUCUGAACAAGUGUUGGAGGCAAGAGUAGGAAGCAAUGCCUUUUUGGCUGUAAUUCCAGAUCCAGUCACCUGUUUCUCCACAGCAAAAUAUUCUCAGAGGCAAGUGUUCAAAGUUGUCUCAGACUCAAGCUUGCUUCUUGUCGACUGGAUAACUAGUGGCCGUCAUGAAAGAGGAGAAAAAUGGGACUUUGAUCUUUAUAAGAGCACGAAUCACAUCUUUCAUAAUGGUGAUGAGCCUUUAUUUCUUGAUACAGUAUUCUUAGAACAAGGAACACAUGCAGGUAUUGCUGAACGUAUGCAGGACUAUCAAGUGAUUGCAAUGGUGAUACUAUUGGGGCCAAAGUUGAAGCUUAUUCAAAACCAAAUCCAGGAAGAUGUAAAGAAAAUAAUGUCUCAGAGUUUACACAUGCCUACAAUUGGUUCAAGACAGUACAGUAAUAGACAUACUGAUCACUGCUUGACCAAACCAAGUUUUGUUGCUUCCUGCAGCAUAUUUGGUCCAAAGGGAAUAGGUGUUGUUACUCGAAUUGCUGCCAUGACAACUGAAUCAGUUUACAAUUUUCUGCAACAUCAGUUGUCCAGUAUGGAGCCACUACUUGGUGUCAAGCCAUAUUCUUAAGCAAGUCGAUAAACAUUUUCCUGUCAAAUACCAUGUAGGAGGAAAAAGUUCACACUGUAAACUGUCUCUGGCUAAGAAUGCCGCGGAUGGAUCACUAGCUUUUGAACAUCGGACAACCAUUAAGGUGAUUACUGUCAUCAAGAUGGAGACUAACAGUACCAGCUCAAGAGCGUUUAAAUCGUAUAAUUAAAACUCUAUUGUUUCAAUCUUUCACCAUGCCAUCCAAAUAUGCUAGAAUGUAACAGUGGAAUCAACCUGCUUUUGAGCUCUUUCUAAUCGGUGACGAAUGCUUUUUCGAGACAGCUUUAAAUGCAGUCCACACUUCUCCAGACCUCUCUAUAUUUACCAA